AGCCUUUCUGAAUUUGGCUGCAUUUUCAAUUGUAAUUUAGUGUUGAAAAAAGUUGUAGUCCAUUGAUUAAAAGUGCUUCAAAAGAUAGUUUACUUUAUCGAGAAACGUUUGACAAUCGGAACAGCUUGCAGUGACUGAAAAUACGGCGGAUUUUUGCGUUUGAAAAGUGGAAAUUUUCGCCCCGACCAUCGACCUCCGAGUGGGUGACGAAGAGGAAAAAAUCUUGUGUUUAUUAGGCACAAUAAUGGUGGCUGUUGCUGGUACUGCCACAGCUAACACUAGCGAUUGAGUUCCGUUGAUAGUACCAAGGGCAUUCCAUUUGUUACCGGGCGGACUGGAAAACGAUCACGGCGCAACGCAGCAGCAGCGGCAGCACGGUUAACUAUGAGUGAUUCCGAGGAAGAAAUUGUUUCUCGUGGAACCCGCAGUGGCGGAGGUGGUGGCCGUCGGUCGCUGAGACGCAAGGGGACUGCCGGCGCUCGGCUGCGGGAUGACGAUGACGAUAGCGACAUGGCAGCGGGCAACAACGGCAGCGACAGUGGAAGCGAAAUCGAACAACCUGCGCGCAAGAAAAAGGGCAAGAAGAUUGUUCUGGAGGAAGACGACGAAGCAGGCCCGAGCGGAACCCAGCAGCAGACUGGUGGCGUGGACAGCUCUGAAUGGGAGUCGGAUUGGAACAGUGAUGACGAGCAGCUGAUGAAGCAGGAUGGCAAAAAAGUAGCAGCUGCUUUGGUUAGCAAUCUUGGCUACGCUUCCGAUUCUUCCGCCAGUAGCAAUGACAGCGACAAAUGUCCCAUCUGUUUGUUAUCUCUUAACGAUCAGGAAAUUGGUGUACCGGAGGUGUGCGAGCACAUAUACUGUGCACCUUGCAUUGAAGAGUGGUCCAAGAACGUAACCACCUGCCCUAUAGAUCGAAAAAAUUUUGACGUUAUUAAUAUUUACAAAAGUGUCGAUAAAAAGCAGUUGGUUCGCAAAAACUUAGUUCAAAAGAAGUCGGCCGAAGACGUUCCACUGCUGGAAGAUCAUGAAUUGACAUACUGUGAGGUCUGUCGUCGUCCGGAUAGAGAGGAUACCAUGCUGUUGUGUGACUCCUGCAACUUGGGUUACCACAUGGAAUGCUUGGAUCCGCCGUUGGAGGAGAUUCCUUCCGGUUCGUGGUACUGCGACUGUUGUUUCGCUUCGGCCUCGGACGAAGACGACGAAGAGGUGCAGGAUUUGCUGAAUGAUCUUAACGAAAUCGGUGGAAUACGUCAAACGCGGUUGCGUGAUCGAAUUCACAGCCCACCACGAAUUGUCCGUACGCGCCAGAGUGAGCGAAUUCGUACCGCAAUUCUAAGUCGCACUGCCACAUCGGUUCGGUUGAGUGUGGUUCAGGAUGCCGAACAGCCGGGACCAUCUACAAGAAGAUCAGCAGCGGCAAAUACGGCAACCGAUGCUCGUGUCGCUCCCGCGAGAACCUUGCGGAAACGUCGAAAACAUCGCACUCGACGAAAAAUUCUUCGCAUGAUUAUUUCCGAGUAUGAUGUGAAUAACGACGACGAAAAAUUUGCCUUGAAGAAAAAGAAAAUCUAUAAAACACUGAAGAAACUCAGCAAAAAGCGUUCGAAACGUAAGGCCAACAAAUCGACGCGCCGGCGUAACAACGCAGCUGGCUUAACGUCAGGUCUUACUGCAGAUGGUUCGGAGUUACAAACUCAGCGGUUUAGUACUGGCAUUCCUACGCUGAAGCUUUUUGGAGGGGCUAACGAUUUGGAGUACUUUUCGGCUGACGAUGAAGAUACGGAAGUGGAUGGGGAGACAUCCCUUGGUGGCCGGGGUGAGACGGCAGUGCAGAGCAGCAUUCGUGCUACAUUGCGAAAUCCGCUUGGACGUCGACGGGCUUUGAAAAGUGGGUUUGAAGCUAGCUCUAGCAGUGGACCGGUUGAUUUGCUGGGAAGCAUUAUGGAAGACCAGAAACGUUGGCAUUCUAAAAACGGAUUAGGUGAUGUGAAAAUCGAUAACGGAAAAAUUGUUUUUCAAGGUGGAACUCCACAGAAGAAGUUCAAUGUGCCAGGCAUAACAAGAGCUGGCAUAGGAAAUACUCCUCAAAUAAGUAUAAACAUUUCUAGUUCUCGCACGGGAGCAGCCGAUUCUACUAGUUCUAAUACCAAUGCCAGCUUCAGUCAGCCCGAAACGACUGCUGGCUCCUCCGGGGCUGCCAGUUCUUCUGGGGCUUUCAAUCCUAACGAACCAAACGACAACGAUAGCGUACCAGACUUGCUAGAUACGUCGAUGUUUGUUGAUCUUCCUCCCCUAAAGCCUGUCCGUGAUGAGGAAGAAGAAAAGAAAGAAGAAAACAAAGCUUUGGAUACGUUUGACACUGAAAAUCCUGCUUCUAUUUCACUACCAGCUCCUUCCACAGUGACAGCGACUGUUGCUUCGGAGAGUGGUAAUGAUGACAAUGGUUUAGCUCCUGGCACUUCCAAAGGGUUUGGAAAGUUCAAGUUCACCAUGACUUCGGAUUCCAACUGUCCAAAUUUCUCGGUUUACUCAUCGGAAACUCUACAGUAUGCCAAAAGUGGUGGUGAAGAGCCGUACGAUCCGCUCGAUAGCGAGCAAAAAACUGAUGAUGAAUUUGACGCCGAACGGGAUGAGGACCUUGUUCAAUUAGAUGACGAAGAAGCGGCAGUUCCCGCCGUUGCUAAACCCGCAGAUUCCCCGCUACCAGCUGAGCCUGAUCAGGAAAACAUUCCUAACGGUACGGACCAACUUCCUACGGUUGCACCAGAUCACAAUGUUUUCGAAUCGGAUUCCGAAGACGAACUGAAAAAAAUUGAGGAAACUUCUGCACCUGUAGAGCCAGAACCCGAGCCAACUAAUGAGUUGGAAGCGCUGACACCUCCGCUUACUACAACCGUUGCCGCUGCUUUGGCCUGUUCGACCACCACUGUAACUACGAUGGCAGGAUCACAGCUUGGAACGACCAUGGCAGGGGAAUCUAGCCCUACUACAACUCCAGUUUUGGCAACAUCCCCAAUUGCCGCUGUUACAGAUUCAGCAGCAGAUCCCGUCAAUUCAACACAGGGCGAAGAGGAUCGCAGCUACACACCCUGCUUGGACGAAAAAUACCAGGAAGCUCGUCGUGAACAUGAUAAGAGCGGUACGACGCCGACUCUGGCCUUUUCGUCUACCGAAGGUAUUGACGGUAUGGAUACGGAGCUCAUAUCGGAAGAAGACGAAAAUACAUUCAAGGAGGACGAAACACAACCAUCGUCAGCUUCGAAGCCUUCCUCUUCCGGAGCCAAGAAAAAAGAUCUUGCCUUUAAGAAGGUAAAUAAAAAGGGAAAAGAACGAAACUAUCGCGACAAGGAAAACAAGCGAAAGGACCGAAAUGAAGAUAAAGAAAAUGAAUCACGCCGAUCCCGGGAACGUAACCGUGAGCGCCGUCCGAAACGUAAGGAACUACCUCGCUACGACGUUCGCACCAUGAUCGAAAAGCGCCCAAAAGCGGCAAAAGAUCCAUUUGGGCGCGACGUAACGCCGAAACCUCGUUCCAAAACUCGUAGUCGCUCGCGAACUCCCGAGAGACGGCGAGAAAUUUCGAUUUCCCUAAGUCCGGAGCCACCACGGCGCUUCAACCGACGUCGUUCGGUAUCGCCCCGCUACAGAGCACGAAACCGAACACCACCUCACUUUAGGCGCAAUGUGUCUAGAUCACCUUCGCGAGGACCCAGAAUGAAUUUUAUCAAUCGGUCCCGUUCUCGGUCCCCGCUGCCGACUCGGCCACGUUUAUCUUCCAGGUCGUUGUCGAGAAAUCCCUCUCCACCUCGCGUAAGAAUUCCACCGCGUUCGAUUUCACGAUCGCAUUCACCAGUGGAAGCCCGAGGAAAAAAGAAAAACAAGAAAAAGAAACGUCUACUCGCUUCGCCGGCUCUGAGCAGAAGCCGGACACCGAGCGACCGUAGCAAGAAGAAGAACAAGAAAGGACGGAAGAAGAAAAGCAAGCGACGUGCUGGUUCACACGCCAAAAAGAGGAAGAACCGAAGGAGGUCUGUUUCGCCGAUGUUAUCCCGUUCCCGUUCGAGGUCUCCAUCGAUUCUGAAUGCUCCCACUACCGGGGUACUUACCGAACGCUUUGCGAAAGUUCGACAGCAAAAUUCCUGGACGCCGCCACCGCCUAACCGACCGAAAACGAACGGAACCAAUCUGACAGUCAUCCUAACCAACGAGGAAGCUCUCUCCAAACAGGCCAAGGAAAGAGAAAGAAAGCGCAAGGAAGGUCGCCGCCGAGAUCGAGCACGCGACAAAAAUCUACCCUCGAAGGAAGUAUUUACAUCAGGUGAUAAUAUAUUAGUUAGUGUUAGUUUUAACGACAAAAAUCUGAAUAAGGAAAAUCAGGCAACAGUGGAGGGUGCAAGUGAAGCGGCGUCAGCAGCAGCGGCACAAAAGAGGAUGAAAGAGCUAGCAAAGAAGCGAGCUGAGGCUGAAAAAGCGAAGCGAAGACGCCUCGAGCGAUUGAAGCGAACUCGGGGCGAAGCCCCGAAACCGGUUGUCAUCAUUGAUUUAGACCGUUCACCGUUCCGUGUAAUUACACCUUCACCGAGGGCCGUCAUCGUACUCAGCGACAGCGAUACGGAAAAGGACAAAGAUCGUCGUGAAACCGAGGCUGGUCGAGCAGGUGCAGCUAACUGCAUCCAGCAACCCGUCAUCGAAGCAGUUAACACAAACGGGCCAACUUCAACUUCUCGAAAAUCGCCAGCUGAGCGUCAUGAAGAGGAUAUCUUUGGACCUAAGACGCCGCCCGGUUUCCCAAGUCAACCGCAACCGUCGCAGAAUAAACCGCAGGCGCCAAAGUUCACCAUGCAGGUGAAGCCCAAAUCGUCGAAUCUUCGACCGAUGAACAUGCUUUACGAACCGGGCGAACUGGACGAAGUCAAGACCCCUGAAAUUGAUAAUCCCGAAAGCUCCAGCAUUAACUACAACAUGGUUGGUCCGAACACUCCACCGGAGCCAGCACCGCAAUCUCCCUCUCCGGAUGUGUACGAUCCAUUCGAGCCAACAAAAUCUCCCUCUCCUUCACCGCCAAGGCGCGAUAAUGCAUCGAUCGAACGUUUAUCGGAUUUAGACGAUGCUGUUUUACCUACAAGCAGCAGUAAGGUAGACGGACCGGACUCGGGCACCGGAAGUGGAGACCCCAAAGUAGACUCUCAAAAUCAAGAUGAAGUCAUGAAUGGAGAACCAGAACCUGCACGCGGCACUAGCAAUAAGAUUACCAUUCUGAGCAACAUCGUCAUCAGUCAACCGUCGAACAGCAGCAGCCAAGGAGUGGUAAGCGGUUCCGGUGUGUCGGCCAGUCAAAACAAUACCGGUGACGAUUCGGAUGUCAUCUUUGACGAUUUCGUCUCCUCGUCAGCACCGGCUCCAAGCCAGUCAACCGUUGGCUACAAUACCAACACCAACAGCAAUCCAAUCAAAUCGUACAGUACGACUGCCAACUCGUCCAGUCUGAUUUCCAAACUACCACUACCGCCCGGUGCCAACGCCGGACAGAAGUUCAACGACUUCAUCAAUCCAACCGAUUCGCCGUAUUCUCCCGGAGCGAGCGAUUUCGACGAUUUGUUCGAGGCGGGCGGCGCCGAUAUGGAAUCUCCACCGGCUGCACCGACCAAACAGUCCUACAAGCCGAUGAAGAUUAUGUCCAAGGGCGCCAAGAAGGGAGUGUUCGACAAUCUGUUCGGCAGCUCGCCGAAUAACAGCUUCAAGCGUAUGAAAAAGGCACCGCAUAAGCGAAGAGCUAAACCGAAAGGUGACGACGACGAAGAUCUGUCCAAGUUGACCACAAAGGAAAGGUUCCUUAAGAAACUAAACCGACUAGAACGGGUAGUAGAAGAGGUGAAACUGGUCAUCAAACCUUUCUACAACAAGAAACAAAUCAACAAGGAAGAGUACAAAGAUAUCAUGCGGCGUGCUGUUCCGAAGAUUUGCCACAGCCGAACCGGAGAGAUCAACCCGAUCAAAAUUCAGAAACUGAUUAAGGCAUACGUGCGCAAGGUGCGAGGCCGGCGGCGGCUUGCCAAGAAGGGCCAGGGAGCGGUUGGAGGUCCGAUCGGGCUACCGGGAACCAACAUAAAUCCUUUGAUAAUCUGAAAGGCUGUUAGGAAUAAUUGUUGAGCAGUAGAAGUAAACGUCGGAUUAUGCCUGCCGCGGCGCCGGUAAUGAAUUUCGUGAAAAUAAACCAUGCUGGCUACGCAGUGAAAAAAAGCACCUGUGCAUGCAUGUUUGUCCGUCGCCAGUCAGGAUACGUAACAAGGUUUGCUUCAUUAUGUUUUCUUUAACAGAUUUUUUUUUUCUCUUUUUUUCAAUGACUUUUUACUUACCUUUUUAACAUUUUGAAUACAAAGCGUAUGUCUACCGAUUACGUUGCUGAUUGGUUUUAAAACAUCCUUUUGUUUGCAAACCGGGUUUCAUGUUGCUUGGUUCGAUGGAAAUUUUCACGAAUGUUGGUCAAUGGAAUGAAUAUAGAGCGAUAUGAAGCGUGGAGAAGUAAUAAACAAACUACUUCAACGGAAACGUAAGAAUUCCCUAAAGAAUUAAACAAACAAUUUUGUUGCUAGCACUAAGUAAUGAUAAAGCAUACGAUCACGCAUCAAAUUUACUCAUAUUUGUGGUAGGCAGUUGCGCUACACGAGAAAAUCUAGUAGAAAAAGGGUAUUUAUAAUAACUAUCAUAUUAAAUAUUUAUUGGAUAUAAACAAUUCUUAGCGUUAAGUUAGGUUUACUAGAAUGUGCUAACUGUAGAAAAUAAUGAUUAAGGUACAUUUAUCAGUGUAAAGAUUGUCCAAUUACAUCGCUCUGGCUACCACAGGAGCAGCAUUCGCAGACCCAUAACGUUCGUUUCUCUAUAUAAUUCGUACACCAACUGUCGCAAACCGAACCGAUUGUUUGCUGGUGAACAACGGUUUUAAGCUUCGAAGACAUCAUGCUUCCCAAUAGUUAUAUCGUACUUUUUUUCAAAAGCAAUGUGUGCAAAACAACAAAACUCUCACAAUUACUAUACGGAAAUGCAAUUUAAUUUUACUACACAAUCAAAUGGCGUGGUCACCGCAUGAAAGCUCAAGCUAAUGGUCGACCCAAUAAACAUUACUGUACUGUAAGCUCUACCGUUAGAAUUCAUCAGAAAUCUGAAUUGAAAGAAAUCGAAUAAAAUUGGCCGUUUGUGGAUGUGGUCUAAGCAUUAUUCGUUCAUACGCAGUAUGAAUUGUCAAUGCUGAAACGUAAAAACCAAUUCACUAAACUCCACCCAACUGGAACGAAGGAUUACUAAUCGGUUGGGGAAACAAUUGAAAGUGAAUAAUUUUAAAUCACUAGUAUAGCUUAAACAACAACAACACACACACUAUAUGAAUACAAUUAU